GACUCCGAAGGAGGCCUGUUUAACUCACUCUCACUUUCACGUUCGCAGAGUGUAGCAAGGUAGCAGGACAGCUGGUACAUUGACUGAACACCGAACACUGACUGAACUCUCAUUCAGGAGCAAAAGAAUGCUUUACACUGAGUUACUGCGGUUGUGGCAUGAGGCGGUGCAGGCAGUGGACACCAAGGACUGGCAAGGAGCUCUGUCCAAACUCGAGCAGAUCAGUGAACCAACAUCUCACACUCUGUUCAACGCUGCCUCAGCUCACCUGGUUCUGGGACAGCUGGACCUUGCCCUGAAGGCUUUAGACCUCACCAUUGCCAAAGAUGAACGUCUUGCUGUUGGCUUCUUUCAGAGAGCAGCAGUGAUGAUGCAGAUUGACAGGUUGGAGGAGGCUCUCUCAGACUGUAUCUGGGCACAGAAGCAUAUGAGAGGAAACAUGGUCAUUGACUACAGACAGCUGGGACUGCGAUUCAAACUCUACAGCUGGCAGGUGUUAUAUAAUGCAGCAGCUGUGUACUGUCGGAUGGGUCAGUGGGAGCAGGCCAGGGAGGUCCUGCUGUCAGCUUCCCAGGAGAGAGGAGGAGGUCGAGGGGGAAACAUAGAAGUGGCUUUGGACAGUGUCCUGAAGGAGGAGGUCCUGGCUCCUCUCCUGGUGCCUGAGGAUGUAGUGUUUCGUCCCAGGAAACAGGACGUGGAGCAGCUGCAGCAAAGAGACUUCCUGGGCAAAGCAAAGGUGAUUUCCUCUGUGAUUCCCAAUGAUGACUUCGGAGGCUUUGAACCUCUGAGGCUGCAGAAACCUGGUUUCUAUGAACCCAAGGUGGAUGGAGCUCAGGAUUCUCGAUACAUGCGCAUGCGGAUGCCUUACAUGGCUCGGGGCCCAGGACAACUGACCAUUCCUGGAGGGGCCAUGGUGUUUUUAUUUGGCGAGGAGGGAAGGGAUGGAUUGGCAACUGUCAUAUAUGAUGGACAGAAAGGACUUCUGCCAAUGUCCCUGCUUGAUCCUACUGAUGUGAAGAUACCCAAAGGCAAAAAGGAGAAUAGAGUUCCCAGUGGGAUCCCUCUCCCACCUGGACUCAAGCCACCCUCUCGCCCACAGGCCCAGCCCAGCUUGGCAGCUCCUCCUCGAGACACUCCACCUCCAUCCUAUAACACUGCCACCCACGUACCGCUGCCAGCCUCAGAGCCUCCCAGGUACACAGCCAAUGCAGCCAACAAACAGCAUGUGGGUGUGGCUCAGGGAACAGAGGCCAGCUCUGUGGUGGUGAAGGUCCACUACACGUACACCGUGGCCCUUUCUGUCCCUGUGGACAUACCCUUCCAGGAAGUGAAGGAAUCUAUCGCAGAGAAAUUGGGCCAGCCAGCAUCUCAGCUGCGCCUCAGAUAUAAGCAGCAUGGAUCCCGGGUGUUGAUACCUUUGGGUGAGGAGGUGGAGCCAGGCCGCACUGUGCAAGAGGUGGCUGAGGCUGGCAGAGCCACCCUGUGGUGCCAGACUGAAGACCCUCUGGACAACCGUACCAUUCUCUACCAGAUGGUGGCGCUGUAUGACUAUACAGCUCAGGGCCCAGAGGACCUGGAGUUCAGCGAAGGAGACACCAUCGACGUCUUGGGUGAAGUUAAUGAGGAGUGGCUAGAGGGACACAGUGCAGGACAUAUCGGCAUCUUCCCCAGCUGCUUUGCCUACAAGGAGAACACCAACAUCACCCAGAGCCCUGUGUUAUAAAAGCAGAAGA